CCGCUUAAUAGCUUUUAAGUCUAUACAUACACCCUCCCCAAUUUUUACCAUAUCUGUGGUAAGAGAGUGUGUGCGUGUGUGGGAGCUGUUCAGAAAGAGACUGCUGCUUGCUUCACUCUUUCUCCUCCUCAUCUUUAUUCUUCCUCAUCCUCCUUUUAUUUCAUCUCUGCAAGCAAGAGAGAAACAGAGAGAUGGGCAACUGCCAAGCCAUAGAUGCUGCUGCUUUGGUAAUACAGCAUCCAGAUGGGAAAAUUGAGAGGUUAUACUGGCCUGUUACAGCUAGUGAGGUGAUGAAGAUGAAUCCAGGUCACUAUGUUUCUUUGAUCAUUCCAUUGGCGCCGUCACAGGAUGAAGAAAACCAAGAGGUACAGAAAGUUGUGCGCUUUACAAGGGUUAAGCUUCUCCGGCCGAGUGAUACUCUUGCUCUUGGCCAUGCUUAUAAGCUUGUUACUUCUCAAGAGGUUAUGAAGGUGUUGCGAGCAAAGAAGUAUGCCAAAACAAAGAGGCAGCAGCUAGAGUCCGCUGAGAAGACAGAGAUGUCCACGGAGAAGCAGAGUUCGGGUGGUGAGCCAGGAGAGAAAUCUGAUACACAGAAAACCUACCAGGGGACGAAGCAAGAGAGACAUGGCACGCGGAUAGCGUCAGUUAACAGCACUGCAAUGAGGUCAAAAACAUGGCGUCCCUCAUUGCAGAGCAUCUCUGAGGCUUCCAGUCCCAACAUGAUGACAAAUGGCCCACAGAAGGCGUGUUAAGAUGCUCAUCAUUUUGAAGAUGUUCACUUCAUCCUAUUGGGGACUCUAUCACUUAGGGGGAGAAUAGAUUCACCAACACAAAGGAACUGGGUAAAAUUAGGUGCCAAAACCUUUGUCAAACAAGAGCAAGAAAAAUUCCAACUGUUUGAAGGAAAUGAAUCAUCUCAUCUGUAUAGCUACAAUGAAUAGAAGCAAUGGAUCUGAUUUUGUUUUACAGUGAA